AUGUCAAAUGGAAAUCUUCCAAUUCUUGAUGGAAAGUAUUAUGAUAAGUGGUGCAAACAAAUGAAAGUGGUGUUUGGAUAUCAAGAUGUGUGGGAGAUAGUGAAGUCAAGUGUUGAUUCUCUCGUUGAAAAUCCUUUAGAAGUGCAAAAGACUGCACGUAAGGAAUCCAAGAAGAAAUAUAUCAAGGCAUUGUUCAUUAUCUAUCAGUAUGUUGAUGCUGCGAACUUUGAAAUAGUUGGUGAAGUUGAAUCAUCAAAAGUUGCUUGGGAAAAUUUAGAGAAACCUUAUGCCGAAGAUGGAAAGGUGAGGUUACAAACUCAAAAGCGACAAUAUGAAUUACUUCAAAUGAAAGAAAAGGAGGAAGUUGGUGAUUUUUUCACAAGAGUGAUGACAUUGGUGAAUCAAAUCAAAAAUUGUGGCGAGAGUGUUACUGACCAAUCUGUAGUAGAGAAGAUUUUGAGAUCUUUAUUGCCAAAGUUUGAUCAUGUGAUGGUGGCCAUUGAAAAAUCAAAGAAUCUUGCAUACAUGAGCAUUCAAGAACUGCAAGGAUCCCUUGAAGCACAUGAACAAAGAAUGAAAGAGGGCAUUGGUGAGAUAACUUAG